GCGCCUUGCUGUGACAAGCUUUAUACCUGCCGGCUAUGUCAUGAUAACAACGAGGAUCAUCAGCUAGAUCGCUUUAAAGUACAAGAAGUGCAGUGCAUCAACUGUGAAAAAAUUCAGCGCGCCCAGCAGUCUUGUGAAGAUUGUAGCACAUUGUUUGGAGAAUAUUACUGCAGUAUAUGCCAUCUGUUUGACAAAGAUAAGAAGCAGUAUCACUGUGAAAACUGUGGAAUUUGUAGGAUUGGUCCAAAGGAAGAUUUUUUCCACUGUUUGAAGUGUAACUUAUGCCUAGCUAUGAAUCUUCAAGGAAAACAUAAGUGUAUUGAAAAUGUUUCUCGGCAGAAUUGUCCAAUAUGUUUGGAGGACAUUCACACAUCCCGUGUCGUGGCUCAUGUCUUGCCGUGUGGACAUCUUUUACAUAGAACAUGUUAUGAAGAAAUGUUGAAAGAAGGCUACCGGUGUCCGCUGUGCAUGCACUCUGCCUUAGACAUGACGCGCUACUGGAGGCAGCUGGAUAACGAGGUGGCACAGACGCCGAUGCCGUCAGAGUAUCAGAACAUGACUGUGGAUAUUCUCUGCAAUGACUGCAAUGGGCGAUCCACAGUCCAGUUUCAUAUUUUAGGCAUGAAAUGUCAGAAUUGUGACUCCUACAAUACUGCUCAAGCUGGAAGGCGUAGAGUUUCACUGGAUCAGCAGUGACCAGCUUGUACGUCACAGGAAAACGCAGCAUUUGUGAUAUAGAAAAAAGCUCUGUGGAAAAGUACUCUCUUGUCAUGAUGCGUCGUAAUCAGUGCACUAGAACCAGUAGGUCCUGUCCCAGCGUCACAGCACACCUCCGCAAUACAAGUAUGCAUUCUGGGUCUACAGAAUCAUCAUAGCUCUUUACUGGGGAAUGCUCCUGCUUGUAUCUGGGUUGGAAUUUCCUUUGGUGUCAGUUGUUUGGAAGCCAAUGAUGUUUGUUACUGAAACUCAUAGCAGUAUAUUAUAUUUUCACGGAAUUUCAUUUUAAGUGGCACUUCACACGCAGUUCAUUUCUAGUUCUUGAUAGAACUGGACUUCAUUCUCCAUCUUUAAGGGCUGUCCCAUGAAAAUAAGUUCCACCUUAUUGUUAAAAACCUAAUUGUAUAUGCUUUUGAAUUUUUAAAAAUAGUCCUUUGGAGCCUAUAAAUGAAUUUUGCUGUAAUAAGUGCUAAUAAAGUUGUAUUGAAACAACA